AACAAUCUAACUACUUGUUAAAGUGAUGUUAUGGUAAAUUACUGAGAUCUCAGCAUAAUUAUUAGAAGGUAGGUGAAGAUUAGAUUAAUGAAAUAUUUUUUGCCUCCUGGAGUUACAGUAUAACCAGAUAUUCGAGGAGAGAGAGAGAGAGACUGAGAAUAGCAGACAGAAAUAUUGAAAGCAUCUUUAAUUGCUAAUCAGUCUCAGUAGGAGAUUUUUCUAUACAGCACCGAACAUCCUAUCAGCACUUAACAAAUACUAAAUCAUACCAGUUUGUAGGUUGGUGAUUUUUAGCUACUUGAUCAAUUUCCUAAGAUUCCUUUAAAGCAUUUUGAAAACUAACAUCAUACUUCAUUCUCAUAGUUCUGUAGUCAAGAACAGAUUCUGCAUUUCCUAGGGGUGGUAUAUACCUAUUCAUCAUGUUCUGUUGGGAGAAUGAGAAAUGGGGAGAGGAAGGCUCCGUUGCUGCUGUCAAAAUGGUAACGUUGCUAUUGAUGUUUCUGAAAAUUCUAAGUGGUUAGAAAGAAUUAACUUUUACAACUCUCUUCUUAGCUCUGUGUUAGUAGACUUCUUGACACAGCAAAUCCAUCCCUGGACACUAUUAAGAUGCAAGUUUACUUUGAUAUGAAUUAUACAAACCGAGUUGAGUUACUUAAUGAGCAGCAUCGCAUUCUAGAGGCCAGGCUGGCCCCUGUGAGCAGAGAAAUCACAGAUAAUCGUGCUCGUACACGAGAAGAGCUGGAGAGCAUUUACCGAAAGAUUGUUAGCUAUGUUCUGCUACGCUCUGGCCUCGGAUCCCCCACAGACAUCAAGGUUGUUAGGGAGGCAACAGCUGCCCUGCAGAGUGUGUUUCCCCAGACGGAGCUGGGUGUUUUUCUCUCUCUCAGUAAGAAGGACAAAGAGCGACAACUGAAAGAACUUACUAUGAUUGUCACAGGAAUUCGGUUAUUCAACAAGGACUGUGGGAAAGGAGGAGAAGGCAUUGAUGACUUACCAGCUAUUCUGAAUGAAGCCAUUCCAGCAGCCACGCAGCCUAUUGAUGCAGAGCUUCGUGCCUCCCAAGAUCUGGCAUACCGCUACACAGCUGUCUUGGAAAUGAUGUGUGAGAGCCCACACAGAAAUAUAGAAGCUAGAUUAUCUAUGUUAAAGGAAGCACUGUUCAAUGUGAGACAACAUGAAGCCUUUCUCUGCAUCAUUCUGUCUGAUGUGAUCACGUGUGCACAAGAAGUUGAAAUGAUGGACAAGCAGUUUGCAGCACAAAUAGAGCAGUUAAAAAACACUGUUCAAGCAAAGACUGCUGUACCUACAUCACAAGUUUUUCCUAUCUUUCUAGCACUAUCUAACCUCUGGACGAGCUUUCAGGAUGAGAUAUUGCUGCUGAGUUUCCUGACUAAUUUGACAGUCAGUCUACAGCAGUUCUUGGGAAUCCAUGCACAACUCUUUCCUGAUGAUGUGAUGGAGUCACUUCUCGAAGGAGUGACUGUGAAAAGUGAUGAGCAAAGGAUAAAGGAAACCAUAGGAAUAAAAGUAAAUAUUUCUGAUUUCAAGGAACAAGAGUGGCUUUUUCCAGAAACCACUGCUAAUUUUGAUCAGUUGUUAAUCCAGUACCGUGGGUUUUGUGCUCACACACUUGCUGAAAAAGAUGGCCUCCUCCUCCCAGGAAAUCCUGCUAUUGGAAUUUUGAAACAUAAGGAGAAAUAUUACACUUUCAGUUCCAAGGAAUCAGCAUAUGUUUUUUCCAAAACCCCAGAUAUGUUCAUUCAGUUGAUUGGAGAAAAAGCAAAAGAAUGUGCUGAACUUAUUCAGCUGCUUGAGCUUCAUCAUCAGUUUGAAUCCCUUGCUCCUUAUUCACAGGUCAGAAGUGGAGACAAACGUUCAAUGAAACCAAUUACCAAAUGCAACAGCAGUACUCAGACUGACACCCAUAUAUUGCCUCCAACUAUUGUGAAGUCCUAUGAGUGGAAUGAAUGGGAACUGAGGAGAAAAGCCAUAAAAUUGAAGAUCUCAUCUCUGCUCAUCUGCUCAUUUUACCUGCCAUGGAUUCUGCAUAAGUCAUGUAGGGAGAGCAGACUAUCAGAGUAAAGAUCCACUUUGCGGAACUGAAAAUGGAAUUUUAUCCUUCUUGAUUAUCCAUCAGUUUGUGUAAUUUGUUACUUUUCUCCCUUCUAACAUUAUCCUUGAUGAUAACUAUAAGACCUUUGUUUCCCAAAUUGUAUUUUGGGACCUUUGUUUUAAAUUGUAUUUUAAAAUAUAGAAACAUCAACUCAAAUCCAUUAGAGCAGUAGACACAGACACUACCUCCUCAUUAUAUGUUACCCUGUUACCAAGGGUUUUUAGAACCCAAAGCAGCGGUAGCUUAAUUGUUUUAUUUUAGGCAGUGUUAGGAAUAAAUUAUUGGGAACACAGCUGAGAGAUUGAUAUAAGUAAGCAUGUUUUUAUUUAAAACUACUGUUUAUUAGUUUUAAGCACAUAUAGACAUAAGCAAUAGGUUUAGAACAUUUUAAAUAAUUAUUUAAAAUUCGAGAUGGUGUUGAGUAAUUAGUAGCAGAUCAGUGAUGGCCGGUUGCUUUUUUGCCAAGAGUAAGGUGUUAGGAAAAAGUUUUUCAGAAUAGCU